GACAGAUUUCCUUAUAUUUCCCUUCUUCAUCGCUUCCCGCCUCCAGAACCAUGGUCGCCGCUGAAGCCCUUCGCGGCUUGAGACCGGCCGUUGUCCGCGCCGGAUACAGACAACCGCACUGCGCGCGCAGGUCGAUAUGUUCCGACAGUGCAAAGAGCCUGAGACUUCCCGGUUCGCCACCGCGCCGGGCGCUCCCCAGGCGGGCGGGCGCAUUCCGAACGACCCCUACCCGUGCAUCGCAAACGAGCUACGCGCGCCAACUGGCGACGGUGACUGCAGUGCCAAACGAGAAGUCGCACAGCCGGGGCCCCAUGGCCGAGUACAAUAUGCGGGUUGAAGCUGGCCGACUACGGGAUGACUCGCACCAACGAGCAAUCAUUGAAAACCUCCAAGCUCUUCACGAAACCCUCGCCAGCUACUCUGCGCCGCCGGUUAAGAAGCCGACCAUCGAAUCCCUGCAACCGCAAAAGAAGUCCUUCCUCAGCUCCCUGUUCGGCUCAAAGGACGAUUCAUCGAAUACUGGAAUUCCCGAAGAUCUACCAAAAGGCAUAUAUAUGUAUGGUGAUGUUGGAAGCGGAAAGACUAUGAUGAUGGAUCUGUUCUAUGAGACUUUGCCCCACAACAUACAGACCAAAUCCCGCAUACAUUUCCACGGAUUUAUGCAGCAGGUACACAGAGAGCUGCACAAGUUUAAGAUGGCACAUGGAAUUGAUGUGGACGGUGUGCCGUUUGUCGCAGCGGAUAUUGCGGAGAAGAGCCAGGUGUUGUGCUUCGACGAGUUCCAGUGCACCGACGUUGCCGACGCUAUGAUCUUGAGACGUCUCGUGGAAAGCCUUAUGUCGCAUGGCGUCGUUAUUGUAACGACAUCGAACCGGCACCCAGAUGAACUCUAUAAGAACGGUGUUCAGCGCGAUUCCUUUAUCCCUUGCAUUCAGUUGCUGAAGACGCGAUUGCGCGUCAUCAACCUCGAUUCGCCCACAGACUACCGCAAGAUUCCUAGGCCGCCAUCGGGCGUGUACCACCACCCUCUGGACGCCUCCGCAAAAACGCACGCAGAUCACUGGUUCAGUUUCCUUGGAGAUUUUGAAAACGAUCCCCCGCACGAGGCGAAGCAUACGGUUUGGGGACGCGAGAUCAGUGUGCCCGUCGCUAGUGGGAAAUGCGCAAAGUUUACGUUCCAUGAGAUCAUUGGACGUGCGACGGGCGCCGCGGACUACCUUGAACUUAUGAAGAACUACGAGGCGUUCAUCGUUACGGAUGUGCCGGGAAUGAGCCACAAGACCAGGGACUGGGCGAGACGGUUCAUCACGUUUAUCGACGCCGUCUAUGAAAGCCGAGCCAAGCUCGUCCUCACAACAGCCAACCCUCUAGGCGAGCUCUUCAUCUCUCACGACGAGCUGGAAGAGGCGCAAAAAGAAGGCAAGAACCCCAAGACGGGCGAGGAGGAAGAGAACAUCCCCGACGCCAUGCGCAGCCUCAUGGAUGACCUGGGCAUGGACAUGGCGACCCUGAAAAACACAUCCAUCUUCUCUGGUGACGAGGAGCGCUUCGCCUUCGCGCGCGCCAUGAGCAGACUAGUCGAGAUGGGCAGUCAAGAGUGGGUCGAACGAGGACUGGGUCUCGAGAAGCUGGGCGGGAGGGCAGAAAAGGAGAGCUGGCAGAAGGUGCGGAGCCGUUGGCGGGAAGAUAGCGCAUAGAACCGGCGCGGUACACACUUGUAAGCUCGUUCAUAGAUACUGCAUAGACAAUCACACCAAUGUACAUACAGAAGCAGCCUCCACACGCACGCCAACCUGCCAAGAUAGCCACCGCAUAACACGAACUCAAGGCCCCGAACCAUAACUGCUUCCAACGGCCAUGCUCGCCUCCAGCCUGCGCAUCAAGUCGCUUCCAGCCCGGCAAGCUGCUCGUAUCGAACGGCACGAAUGCCCAAAAACAGC